ACGCUGCACUGCUGGCAGGGGUGCCUGAGGACAUCCUCUGCUUCUCCCGCUCCUUCGAGGACCUCACCUGCUUCUGGGAUGAGGAGGAGGAGGAGGCGGCGAGCAGGACAUGCCACUUCUACUACUGGGAUGUGCCCACAGCGUGCGCAGUCUCCACGUGGCACUGUGGGGCCGGCAGGACACGGCACGUCUGUGUCUUCCCCAGUCAGAAUGUGCGGCUCUUCACCCAGCUCCACCUCCGCGUCCUGGAUGCCACCACCAACCAGACCAAGUACUGGCGAGAGCUCAGCGUGGACGCAGUGGGUCUCAUUGCCCCCCCGGCAAACAUCACGGCCCGCUGGGCUGGGGCUGCGGGGCAGCUCUAUGUGUCGUGGCAGCCACCGCUCGCCGACUACCUGAACUUCUUCCUCUAUGAGGUGCGAUGCUGCCCUGCCAGAUCCCCAGAGAUGCCCUGCAGCACCGUGUUGGACCCCGGCGGACAGCACCCCGGGGACCCCUCCAGCCAGCCAGCUGUCAGCACCCACACACCCAUGGCCGGGCUGCUCCCCAGCCUGGUCCCUCUCCUGCAGGGGCUGGUCCAGGCCAACACCUGGGUGGUCCUCCGGGACCUGCAGCCGGGGGUGAAGUACCACAUCCAAGUGCGCAGCAAGCCCGACGGCACUUCCAUGGAUGGCAUGUGGGGGCCCUGGUCACAGGCAGUGUCUGCGGAGACGCCCCGCUCCUCCGGAGACAUCAGGCUAUUCUGUAGCACCCCUGACCUGCAGUACGUGCGCUGCGAGUGGAGCUGGGACCCCACAGAACCCCACGGCUCCCACCAGCUCUUCUACCGGCCACCUCCAAGCAGGGCUGGCACAAGGGAAGACACAUGGCAGCAGUGCGAGGAGGCAAGCGUGGGGGUGCAGGGCACCCACGCCUGCACCUUCCAGCCCAGGGCUGGCAGCGCCAUCUCUAUUCUGGUGAAUGUCACCCGUCCCCAUGCACCACCCACACUCAGCUACUUCAAGGAGCCCUUCUGGCUGCACCAGGCUGUGCUCACAGAUGCCCCACGGCUUGUGGAGGCAACAGUGGCACCGGGCCGGCUGAGCCUGCAGUGGGCUGACCCGCACCCCAGCACUGCCCCUCAGCUGCCCAGCAGUAGCCAUUGUCUCCAGCUCGGCUCUGCCCCACAGGUCCUGCAGGUCCCACGGGCAGCCAGGAAAGAAGUCCUGGACCUACGGCCAGGUGCACGCUACCAUGCCCAGGUGCGGGCCCAGCCCAGCGGGCCGUGGUACCAGGGCAGCUGGAGCGCCUGGUCCAAACCUGUCGUGGUUGACGCCAUGGCCGACGUGG